GGCUCUUACCUUGAUCGAUUUUGUUUAAAAAAGUGCGUGUUUACGCAUUUGUGAAAAAGUCACGAUGUCCAGUAUUGAGAAUUUCGUAACAUUUUGUUGUAUUAGCGUUAUUGUGUUAUUAGGAGUGUCUUUGUACCACAGGAAUUACAAUAUAGUAACGAAAAAGAAUUUCCAGUUACGCUACUCCUGCAUCUUACCACCUCACCCAUGUUUCGGAUGGUGGACCCUUACAUACCAGUUAACAAAACCACCAAAAACAGCAGUACCAGCCGGUUCCACUUUGCAAGUAUUUUGCAACGAAACCCACAAGUUGGACGGUUCAGCAAAAUCUCUUUGUAUAGACGGAAAGUGGUACCCAAAAAUCGGAAAAUGCUUAAAGUUAACUUUUGCAGAAACUUGCCCUUCUAUGUUUUCUUCACCAAUGAUGAAAGUCAGGUGUUCCUUUGAUAAUAAAAUCAUGAAAAAUUGCGAAGACCCCAUUGAUAAUACUCAAGUCGAGUUCAUUUGUCCCCCUUUUUACAAAGACGAGAGAAAGGCGAAAUUUAAAGCGACUUGUAACAAUGGACAGUGGAGCGAAAAAGUACCCCAGUGUGUACCAGAAUGUGGCCGCCGAAAAUCCAAAAAAGGAGUGCCGUUAAUCGUAAACGGUACCAUUAGUACUAAAGCAGAAUUUCCCUGGCAGGUAGCCAUUUACCACGUCACAAGCUUCAUAUGUGGAGGAAUUUUACUACACGAAAAACUAAUCUUAACAGCCGCGCACUGUGUAUCUAAUGUUGAUGGUAACCCCAAUCCCACCCACAUCUACAAUGUGAUUGUUGGAAACCACCGCCGCAGACACAAGUUUGCAAGUGUUGAAUAUGGCGCUCAAAAGUCUUCGAUUCACGCUGUAUAUAUACCUGAUGGAUAUGCAGGUGGUGACAGAUUUUAUUACGGCGAUAUUGCACUCAUUGUCCCGACAGAGACUUUUAAAUUGUCGAGUACAGUACAACCCAUAUGCAUCGACUGGACGACAGAAUAUGAACAUUUAUUAUAUAAAGCUGCGAAACCAAUGGGGCUGGUUAGUGCAUGGGGUUAUACACUAGAAUACAGUAAACCUUCAGAUAUGUUAAGAAGUCUGGAACUUCCCGUAAUCCCUAGAGAAAAGUGUAUGCAUAUGUUACAAGAUGUAGAUUAUAGAGAGUACCUUACCCAGGAUAAAUUCUGCGGUGGAUAUUUAAACAAAAGUAAAUCGGUCUGUCACGGUGAUAGUGGCAGCGGAAUGAUUUUCAAUCACAAAGGCAAACACUAUCUUAUUGGAAUAGUUAGCAUUUCUUUAUUAGCGCAAACAGAAAAUGGAGGGUGUGACAGUCAAAAAUAUUCCCUUUUCACUCAUGUCUCCCAAUACAUAGACGAUUUUAUUAGGGAGUAUUACGCCCGAUAUAAACCUCUGGGCAUCCCUCUAGUACAAACCACAGCGCAGACCACACACAUUCACACUCAUACUAGUACUUCAAUGACAACCUCUACAACAACCCCCACCACUCCAGCAGCAAACAGCACAAACUGCCUUCUAACCAAACACCCAGAAUUUGGCCAAUGGUCGAUUUAUGUUGGUACCACUAAUUUCCCGCCAGGAACUCUCGUGAAAACUGGUACCAUUUUGAAAAUAGUGUGUCACGAAGGAUACAAAUUAGACGGAAACAAUAUACUUGCCUGUGAAAAUGGUACCUGGUCGUCUGACAUUGGAAAAUGCUUAAAAACUUGUCCAACUAUAGCCAACACGAAAGAGAUGAAUGUAACAUGUUACUUUAACAUGGCGAAGAUGAAAAACUGCGUUGAGCCUGUGGUUGGUGCUAGUGUGACGUACCAGUGUGCUCCGUUUUACGAAGACGUGAAGUUGAUGGAUUAUCCUGUGUAUUGUGAGAGUGGGAGCUGGAAGCCGGGGACUCCCCAUUGUGUUCCAAAAUGCGGACAUAUAUCAGUCAAGGACCCCAUGCUUAAUAUAUCUGAUGGUACCAUAGGUUCUCCAUGGGUAGUGGGGAUUUAUAGACAAAAUGAUACCAAACUGAUAUGCAGUGGUAGUUUAUUAAGUGACAAAAUUGUGCUCACUGUUGCUCGUUGUUUCGGAGAUGUUAACAACGAAAAAUUGGUAUCUAAACAAUACAUUGUAGCUGCUGGUUCAUAUUUUUCUUCUAGAGAUUCAGAAAAAGUACAAACUUCUAGUAUUCAUCAAGCUGAUAAUUAUGGUUAUUUGCUUAUUAUAGUACUAGAAAAGGAGUUCCAAUUUUCACGAACCGUUCAACCGGUGUGUAUAGAUUGGGAUGGAGAAUUGAAGAAAGAAAACGAUGGAGGCUAUCUCAGUCUUUGGAACUCCAACGGUACUAGUAUCAAUUUUUCGCAUAAUUCUACAACUGCUAAAGUAAAGUUGGCAUCAAUUGAAGAGUGUAGGAUGAAUUUACCAGAAAAAUAUAUGGAUAUGACAGACGAAAAAUUGUGUGUUCAUCAUUCAGAGAAAGGUACUCCUUUUUGUGCGAUGGAUGGAGGUGGAGGACUCUUUGUGAGACAUCAAGAUAAGUUUCACAUUUUUGGUGUUAUGGAUGUGUUAAAUACCCAAGAAGAGUGUGUUAAUCGGGAAUAUAGUCUUUAUAUCCCUGUUAAUAACUACGCCAAAAUGUUCAAAACAAAAUUGAAAAACUAAUACAAACUUUUUUAAUAAACCGGGUGUCUGGAAA